UGUCUUGAAGUUACUAUUUCCUUGGAAGCUUCUAACCUCAUAUUGCAUGCGGUACGAUAUAUUCGUAAUAUUUGUGUAUAUGUAAAAGUGUUGCUUUCCUUGUAGUGCCGACACGACGAAACGAAAGAUCAUAAAAGCGGCCUUUACAGAGGUUAUACUGACAGGACCCGGUUAUAUCAGAUAAGGUUAGACGCCGCAAAAAUGUCGACGGAGCAACAGACGGAUCUUCGACUAGGACCUGUUCCUAAUGUCACUUAUCCUAUUCAGGUCCAUUAUUGCGGAAAUUGUUCGCUGCCCAUCGAGUAUUGCGAGUACUAUCCCGAGUAUGACAAGUGCAAGCAGUGGCUGGAGAGAAAUCUUCCGACUGAAUUUGAGAAAAUUAAAUUAGCUACUGAAGAUGGUACUACCGAAGCUAGUGGAGCAGAGGAUGAGAAGAAACGACAGAAGCGAGGUGGUAAAGGUAUGCUAAAGGCAAAGAAGAAAGAGGACGUACCACGGUUGGUCACAGUUUCCAGAGCACCCAGGGGAAAGAAGAAAUCUGUCACGGUUGUGACUGGUCUUAGUACUUUUGAUAUAGAUCUAAAGGUAGCAGCAAAAUUUUUUGGUAGCAAGUUCGCCUGCGGUUCUAGUGUCACUGGGGAUGAUGAAAUUGUCAUACAGGGAGAUGUCAAAGACGACUUAUUCGAAGUGAUACCAGAAAAGUGGCCACAAAUUGAUGAAGACUCCAUAGACGAUCUUGGGGAUCAGAAGAGAUAAUAUGGCUACUACUAAAAACGCACACCAUUGUAUUUAAUGCUAUACUAUUUCCAAUUCAUGUUUAUUAUAAAUAAAAUGUACAUACAAAUAUAUAUUUAAAUGAGCUA